AUGGUAGUAGAUUAUAAUUUAGGGAAAUCUUCAGUUGAUUUGUCUGAUCAAAUGACUGCUUAUAGUUCACCAUUGCGAAAAACUAUAAAGUGGUACAGAAAAUUGGCAAUAGAGCUUUUGCUGAAUAUUUGUGUUGUUAAUUCAAUGGUGUUAUACAAACAAGCAACUCGAAAAAAUAUUUCAGUCACCGAUUUUAGGAUGAAGUUAGCGAUGUAUUUAGUGAAAUGUUUUGAUGAUGAAGAUUCCAAUUCAUCAAGAAAUUGCGUACAGAAAAAACGUCGUCAUGAACUUAAAAGGGAACUGGGAAGUAUGCGAAAUAUAAGGCGAUUUUGCAAAGAGUGCUAUGAAAAAAAUUUAAAACAGCUAGGAAGAAUAAGAGCAAAGAAUUGCACUAAAAAAGUGGCGACAUAUUGUGCCGACAUGGUAGACAAAGAAAAGGUGUCCUAG